GCUCCACUGGAGGAAAGCACACCCAGGUCUCACCUUAAAGAAGCCAAACUGUCUGCUUCAAAGAAAAAAGGCAACAUCCUGUCACAGGCCAUGCUCUGGCAAAAAUCCACAGCGCCAGAUCAAGCCCCGGCCCCGGCCCGGCCGUACCAGGGCGUCCGCGUGAAGGAGCCAGUGAAGGAACUGCUGAGGCGGAAGCGUGGCCAUGCCAGCAGCGGGGCGGCGGUGACACCGACCGCGGUGGUGCUGCCCCAUCAGCCCCUGGCCACGUACACCACAGUGGGUCCUUCCUGCCUGGACAUGGAGGUCGCUGCCUCCACCGUGACGGAGGAGGGGGCCCUGUGUGCCGGCUGGCUCUCUCAGCCUGCCCCUGCCACCCUCCAGCCCCUGGCCCCGUGGACACCCUACACUGAGUAUGUGUCCCAUGAAGCUGUCAGCUGCCCUUACUCAGCUGACAUGUAUGUGCAGCCGGUGUGCCCCAGCUACACUGUUGUGGGGCCCUCCUCUGUGCUGACCUACGCCUCCCAGCCACUCAUCACUAAUGUCACGACGCGAAGUGCCACCACACCCACAGUGGGCCCCCAGCUGGAGGGCCCAGAGCACCAGGCACCGCUCACCUACUUCCCGUGGCCUCAGCCCCUGUCCACGCUGCCCACCUCCACCCUGCAGUACCAGCCUCCGGCCCCAGCUCUGCCCGGGCCCCAGUUUGUCCAGCUCCCCAUCUCCAUCCCUGAGCCAGUCCUUCAGGACAUGGAAGACCCCAGGAGAGCCAUCAGUUCCCUGACCAUCGACAAGCUGCUGUUGGAGGAAGAGGAUAACGAUGCCUACGCGCUCAACCACACGCUCCCCGUGGAAGGCUUUUAGGGCUGGCUCCCACCUAAGAAUCCUGCUCCCUGAACCUGGGAUUGUACCUCAGAUUUCUAUCUGUAUGGAGUAGCCAUUUCAUAACUACACUUUUUAUCCCAGAGUAGAAUUACAAAUUGACAUCAUUCCUCUCUCCUUCUUUGUUUCCUUCCCUUCUUUUAUUCCUCUCUUCCUCUCCCUUUCUCAUCCCCUUCCCCCAUUUCUGUUCCUUUUGGGGAAGGAAUGCUAAGGAUUUUAGAGGGAAUAUUUGAUGGCAUGUGUUGCAGAUCUGUGGUCUGGGUGUUUUCAUUUCUGCCAUGUUUCUUUCCUGGAGACCACCCUUUUGGGGUGCUCACUCCUUCUAGAGCUGCCCUCUGUCAUUUUGAAAUGUAUGGGGUGCCCUGUGGAAAAUGGCCCUGCCAGCACCUUUGAGAGCAGACCCAGUGCCACAGUUCUUGAGCCCUCAGUUCCCACAGUUGCUCCUCUGUAUUGCCGUUCUCAGCAUUGGCCAGAUUUGCAGUCUGCACAGCAAGGUCUUGAGGCCUAAGGCCCAGGAGGUGGGGGAGACAAAGCAACACCAGCCCUGGUCGGUGUGGCCUGUGGUUUGAACAUUGUCCUGUGCACGAAGGGGUUCCCAGUUUGAUGACUGGUCAGGGCACAUGCCCCGGUUUCAAGUUCAGUCUCGGUCAGGGUAGGUACUGGAGGCAGCUGAUGGAUGUUG